CCCGGGUCUAACUCUCAGUUCUUCUUCCCUCUUCUCCUUCCCCCUUCCCCCUUCUCCUUCCCCGCCACGGUUGUUCAUGGAAGCGAUAUAGCGGUGGUACUGUAUUUGUUUUUUCCAACGUGGUGUUCACUGCGGGGUUCAAUACUGGUGUAGUUCCGGUGCUACUGUUACCACUUCAUCUUAUUGUUUGUAGACUGGUUGGUUUGGAUCGAAUCGGGCAAUUUGUUCUCCAUCUUCUUUUUCUUUCUCCUUUAUCCUCGGAAGACCAGUCCCCUGUCAAUCUGCAGGGCAUUUGUGGCGAGUCCGGGUCUCCAAAGUUAUUCUCCCUACCGGUACAGUACGUACUUUAGAGUUUGAAAGGAAGUGGUGACAACCUAACCCAAGUUACUUACCUGCUCACUACCACUUACCUAACCCGCGAGUUGAUGCUUGACGAGGGGGCAAACAAACCGGCGAACGAAACAACUCGAAACGAACGGUCACCUUUUUUAUUUUUAUUUUAUUUUUUUGUUUCGAGUUUGUUUUCCUGACUCUUCUCUGCACGACGAGGAUACCUUACAAGUAGAAGUAGAAGGUUGCGGAUAGUUGCGUAGAGUAUUUUGGGAAACGAACGAAGAGAAGAAAAAGGGGUGAAGAAAUAAGGCAAGGAAGGAAGGGAGGAAAGACGAGUGCAAGAAGGUUCCUAUUCCCCGCAUUCAUAUUGUUCGCCGCUUCCGUCGUGAGAUUCUGCUGCCGUAUCACCACCGCAGAAUGGAUCAGAGAGGUUGGGUAUUAGCUUGUGCGAGCGGGGCAGCUUGCGUGCUCGGGUCAACCAUAAUAUGCCUGGACACCCUCCUCUGCCACCUCCCAUUCCGACGGUUCCAAAACUUCUCCAUAAGAGAGAGUAGCACUUUCCUUGCGGCCUCCCUCUCCCUCUCCUUCGGUGUAAUGUUCUUCAGCGCACUCUACGGCAUGCUACCAAAGUCAAGAGAGUACCUACUCACAUCCGGCCUCACGCCUGCGACUGCGAACGCUGUCCUUAUGGCAGCAUUCUUGGGCGGCGUGGGCGGGUUGCAGAUAGUCUCAGAGUUGCUGCACUAUUUCCUACCGUCUUCGAUCGUCAGCUGUGAUGAGCACGGGAGGGUUAGCACACGGGGGAGGGGCCGGGGAAUGGGUAGAGACGAAGGGAGGGGCGGAGUGGACGAGAGAGCGCCGCUACUGGGACGCCAGGCUAGCGUCGUUCGCAAGAUCUCGGUGUCCGUAUCCAAUCUAGUCCGUGGGUGUGUGGGCGGUGCGGAGGGGAAGUGCUACGGCUUCUCCGACCACGACUGCGAGCAGAAAUGUGCCGGGGAAAGGGUCGCCGUUCCAGGGUCUAGUGGAAGUGAGUCGCCCUCCCAUCGGGACAACGAAGAAGUCUCGAUAAACAGAGACUUGGAGAGAGGCUAUCGAAGCAUCUCUCGUGAAGCUGCACCUAUUCACCAUGAACUGCAUCAUCACGACCACCCGCAUUCACACUCUAGGCCGGGACGUAGUCGCUCUGCCAUCUCAAAUACCAUACACCCAGACGGAGAUGUAGACCCACCAACACCCGGCCAUCACCACGUUGUGGACAAUCAAUUCCUAAGCAUAGGCGUACAAACCUCAAUCGCCAUUGCAAUUCACAAAAUCCCCGAAGGUUUCAUAACCUACACAACCAACCACGCGAACCCAACCCUCGCCCUCCCCCUCUUCCUAGCUAUCUUCAUCCACAAUAUAACAGAAGGCUUCGCCAUGUCUUUACCGCUCUACCUCGCUUUAAAAUCGCGUGCAUACGCCAUCCUCUGGGCAUCGCUCCUCGGCGGCCUUUCGCAGCCGCUGGGCGCCGGCAUCGCGGCGCUCGGCAUGCUCAAUGGUGGCGGUGAGGUCGCGGGGCACGAGUGGGGGUAUGGCGUCCUCUUCGCCGCCACGAGCGGGAUUAUGUGCUCUGUUGGGCUGCAGCUGUUCUCGCAAGCUGUUGGAUUGCACCAUGGUGGGCGUGUGCCGUUUGUUUGGGGAUUUUUGGGCAUGGGGGUCGUGGGGGUUAGUUUUGGGGUUGCUAAUUGAUUGCCCACCCGUGGGUAGGGUGAUGAGGGGAGGGGAGUAUGGAUAGGAGUGCUGUUCUCUUUAGUAAAUGGCUUUCAUCAUCAUACUGUUAUUUUUUACCCCCUUUAUUUCUUUUCCCGCUUCCGGGUUUCAUUUCGUUUCGGUUGGGUUAUGUUGGCUUUAUUCUAGGUGGUUGUCUGUUCCUUGCUUGCAUUUUUCUCUAUUGGAUGUGAUAUGAAUCAACCAUACACCGCACUGCUAGUCAAUACAUGGGACUCUGGGAAAUCAAAUCAAAUCAAAUCAGUCAAUCAAUAGCCUGGAUUUAAAAUUUAA